GUGCACAUAAAAAUGGCUGUCCCGCAACCGGAGCCGAUCGCAAGGGCAUGUUACUGACUUCUUGAUUGCAAAGACCCCAAACCUGUUCUCCUAGUUUUCAGUAUGAAUGAUCCGCUAGUCGUCGAGCAAGAGUCCUCAUCCAUGGUCAGUAUUGGCCUCCAGGGCUCCUCUGGCAGCAAUUGGGUCGUGCAGAAGUUCGGUGGUACGAGCGUCGGCAAGUUCGCCUUGAAUAUUAUCGACCAGGUCGUUCUUCCAAGUCUUUCCGAGCAUCGUGUUGCUGUAGUUUGCUCAGCGCGAAGCAGCUCGACCAAAGCUGCCGGUACCACCAAUCGGUUACUCCGAGCAGCGCGGGAUGCGGAAGACGCUCUAUCUCAGCAAUAUGCCUCUCUUGUAGAGGCCGUUCGGUUGGAACAUAUUCAGGUAGUCGGAGAUCAAAUCCAGUCAAAUACACUCAAGUUACGGCUCGUUUCUGAGAUCAAUGCGGAAUGCGACAGAGUACUCAAGGUGCUGGAGGCUGCGCAAACACUUGGUGAGAUUAGCGCAAGGUGCAUCGACAAGGUGAUCAGUACCGGGGAGAAGUUAAGUUGCAGACUUAUGGCUGCUUUUCUCGAAGAUAGGGGCGUCAAUUCGCAAUAUGUGGACCUGGCCGAAAUUAUCGAUUUCCCCAUUUCGAGCCAGGGCCUUGACCAAGAAUUCUAUAAUAACCUAGCUGCUGCUCUCGGAAGAAAGAUCGAUAGUUGUGAAGAUAGGGUCCCUGUCGUUACAGGAUUCUUUGGGACUGUACCUGGCGGUCUUCUUGAUCAGAUUGGACGGGGCUACACUGAUCUCUGUGCUGCUCUUGUUGCUGUGGGCAUAAACGCGAAGGAAUUGCAGGUCUGGAAAGAAGUUGAUGGCAUCUUCACAGCCGACCCACGGAAGGUGCCAACUGCACGCCUGCUUUCUGCCAUCACACCGGCAGAGGCAGCCGAGUUAACGUUCUAUGGCUCGGAAGUGAUUCACCCUUUUACCAUGGAGCAAGUCAUCCGUGCCAAAAUCCCUAUUCGCAUAAAGAACGUCAUGAACCCGCGGGGAGACGGUACUGUUAUAUUUCCCGACUCUUCCAGCGAGCUGGAGAAGACGACCCCCGGCCAUGAUCCAAGACUGUUUCGUACCCGGAGUCCCAGUCUUGUGCAGCGGCCGAAGCGCCCCACGGCCGUGACAAUCAAACACCAGAUUCUCGUCAUCAAUGUACAUUCGAACAAACGAUCACUCUCUCAUGGUUUCUUCGCGGGAAUAUUCUCUGUGCUUGAUCGCUGGAGGCUUUCUAUCGAUUUGAUUUCGACGAGCGAGGUGCAUGUUUCAAUGGCCCUUCAUUCCGAGAUGCCCUUGCUGAAUGGGACCGGGAGAGACGAAUAUCAGAUCAUAGACGAUGACCUGAAGGGAGCUAUCCAGGAUCUUCAGAAGUAUGGAACCGUCGAUAUCAUACCAGAGAUGGCAAUUCUCAGUCUUGUGGGAAAGCAAAUGAAAAACAUGAUUGGAGUUGCGGGACGGAUGUUUUCGACUCUGGGCGAAAACAAUGUUAAUAUUGAGAUGAUCUCUCAAGGUGCAAGCGAGAUCAAUAUUUCUUGCGUCAUUGAGGAGAGAGACGCCGAUCGCGCUUUAAACAUAAUUCACACCAGCAUGUUCACCUUUUUAGACUAGACCAAUGCUUUGACGUAUGUCUUUCUUUACUUGCUUCAUUUGUACUCUCUGUAAUUUGCAUCCUGGUCUCUGGCAGUAUAAGAUAUCCUUUGCAAAUUUCGGUUCGUGAAAAGCUCGAUUCUGGUCCACGCUGAUCCUAGUCCCAAGUCAUGGCUGUUAUCUGGGCCCUGACUUGCUUGUUGUUGCUGGUUGCGUGCGAAUGUUAUUGGUCACCUUAGUUGUCUUGGUUGCGUUUCUCCUCUGCGAUCCCUCGACUCAUGAUGCUUUCCCCGCCCCUCUCAUACUUGUCCUGUGUUCCUUGCCUUUGUGGUGUGCAUGUGUCGGCGCUAUGUAUUACAAGAGUCUUUUCGGAUGAUCAUGUUUCUACUGCAUCUUGUCAAAACAGGACCGACAG